UUACUACACUUAUCAAUACGAGGUGCCAUUAUGACGGCCAUGCCCGUAGUUUGGUGCACCGAUCCCAAUUCGGUGAACAACAAGCCCACAGCCUUCGCCUUGCACGGAAUCCAGCUGCAGGGAAAUGUGACUGAGAAGCAGAUCCACGCCCUCCGUGAGCUGGUUAACGCCGCCGCCGAAGGCCGUCUCAUCCUGCCCUCGGACGGCACCUUCACUCUUCUAGACAGCGGUCUUAGCAUCGAGAGCUCAAUCGUAGAGCAAGAGUCUUGCAGCUCGAUUAGUACCGGUGAGCUUGAUCCACUGGCUCAACCGAAGAGUUCCAAGAACACAUACAUCCUUAUGCCCGUGAGCAAGGCGGAAGGCUCCAGACACGGAGGAGGUACAUUGACCGGAGGCGGAGGAGUGUCAGGACAGGCGAUUGCAGCUGCUGCCGCCCAACUAGAGUUCCUGCUGGAGCCGAAGUAUUUGCCCACGCUCGAAGCCAAUGGGGACGCGAAAGCGAAUGCAGCAGUGGCUAAGGCCGGAGCGUCAGGGGAAGUUCUGUACGAGUUCCUAUGCUGCGCCAAGUGCAUGAACGCGCAACGGACUGGACCUACUUGUACAGGGCGGCGCUUGCUACGCAUUUUGAGGACCUGCAGCAGUGGAAGUGGCAGUGCCAGUGGCUGUGUCAGUGGCAGAAGCAACGACUACGAACCGGUCAACGUCCCAGCUACAUGGCAGCUACAAGUGGAUCCUGUCAACAGCAUUGCCAGCAAGUACACCCGGCGACAGCAGCGACAUAGGCAACAUUGCACCGUCUCUAUGGGCAUCGCACGUAAUCGCACCCAUCGUCAUCACAAACUACCCAUGCACAGUGUUAAAAUCUUUCAUAAUCGUAGCACUUAUAUGCCAGCCACUAAAGCAACAGGAGCAAUGACAAUCGCUUGUCCGGCAGAGUGCUCUGUGGGCGGCGAGGUGUCAAUAAUUCCGAUUCCGAGUUUAAGCUCGAAUCCGAUUUCGAAUUCCAAACUCAGCCAGCCGACACCGGCGCGAUCUAGAUCGGUGACAAAAACAUUGAAAACACUGUCGGCAACAUCUCUGGCCCCAUACGCUGUGGCAAACAAAAAUCGUGAUUUGGCGAGCGGUGACAAGACUGAGAAAUCCGCAACAACCAUGCUGUCCGUGGUGCCCGAGGAGUCGUCGCCACACCCCGCAGACGGGCGCGAUCUGAUCAGCUUUGACGACGACCAGACGCAGGUGGAUGCUGAGGUUGAGGCUGUAGGCCAGAAGUCUGGAACUGCUAUAGACCUGCUAUGCGCCCCCAAUGAAGAGGACAAUUUGUUGGCCCUGCUAGAUACCCCGCCAGCCACUCCGAACAAGCCCAGUUCCCCUGGAAGCAACAACUCGAGCCGCAAAACCAGCUUUGAUUCCACAAGCACCCUCAGCUCCAUGGACUCUGGGUUUAUGGAGAUGCAGAACAAAUUGGAUGCCUUGGCAGCAGCAGCACCGACAGCAGCGCCUUUGGGAGAAGCAGCAACUUUGUCGUCAAGCGGCGAGCAAAUGGAGAGACGCAACUAUAAGGAGUGUCUAACGCAGUCGCGGAACCGCCGAAAAUCCUACGAGGAGUUCAAAGCCAUGUUUGUUGAACCCGUGGAAGCAUCCAUUUUAACGUCCAUGCCACCGCUGGUGGCAACAGCAGCGGAUGACGCAACACCAGCUAGCAACACCGUGAUGCCACUUUCUUCCAUUUCAGAACAAGAAACCACAGGCAUCCGGGGUGUGAGAGGCAAACCGGAUUGCGCAAACGAGUUUCCCGCCAGUGCCGAUGAAAUGGAUACCGGUGAUAGUGACUGUGAUGGUGAAAAAGCUGCUGCUGCCGAUGGCCAUCUAACAGCAACAAAAACCACAGCAGCAGUACCUUUAGUCAGCAACACCACCACACAGGCGCUUCGAAAAAAUUCGGAUUUUCUAUCGCAAAUUCUCGAUCAUCAAUUUGCGGCUAAGGAGCGAGCAAAGGCGCAUAAGCGUCGCACUUCGUACGAGGAAUUUAAACGUCUUGUUAACGAAAUCGAGCCACUGGAAUGCCAAGACGCCCCACCACUCGCCUUGGAGUCUGUGGUCGCAUUGAGAACUGCAGCAGAAAUAGCCACCUCGUCGUUAAAGCGCCAGAACUCGCGGCAACGUAAAAGCUUCGCCAGCUACUUUCUGCCGCGCCGGCACUUUACAAAAGAAGAAAAGACUGACAAAGAGAACUUCUCCCGGGAUCUAAAUGUGUUACCGCAAGAUAAGCACCUGGCGGUCAGCAGCAAACUGCCGCCCUACAGGAGCAACAGCAAUGACAGUUUGGGGUCCCAUUAUAGGCGCAACUUUAAGAUCUACGACAAGCUAGUGUACGGCACUAUCUAUGAUAUUAUUCAGCGCAAGAAUGAUAUAUACCAGAAGUACGAUAAGUACAUGACUUACGGCACCAUCUAUGAGAUUCUGCACCGGAAGUCCUCACAAUGUGGCGACCGGUGGCAGCGCAAAAGCCUUAGCUCCACCUCAGAGGGCCAGCGAUCCUCGGCGGACGUUAUAUACGAUAUCGUCCAGAAACGGGAGCGUGAGAAACAGCUUCAGCAUGGUACUCUGGAAUGCCUGGAUCCGAUCAAAGUAUCCACGUUCGGUCCUUACAAAUAUGGAACGAUCUACGACAUCCUGCAGGGCGAGAAACUUGAUGCUAGUCUUGGCAAUAGUAAGGCAGAUUCCAAGCCAGCAUUGGCCAAAACAACGCGCUUCGUGGUUAGCCAGGUAGAGGAGCCUGCCCAGACGCCACCGACGGAACAGCUGGAGUCUAGUGCCCCGGAUCGGUGUGUUGCGAAGCCCAGCAAGCCACACAAAAUGCGACGGCUGUCCCACAUCCUUAGCUACAGUCGAAACGCUGGGGAGGAUCCCCAUAAUACGGCUGUCAAGCAGGAGGCCAAACAGAAGCGCACACAGGCCAAGAGGCGGAUCGGGGUCACCAACCUGCUGCUGCCACUGGACUCUGAGGAGCUGUAUACCCGCAUUAUCGCCCAACAACGAAUGCUUGAAAAGAAGCAUUCUCAGGACCCACAAGCGGAUAGUGGCAGCGAGGCAGAUCUGUGCCCUCGCAAUGCAUUGACCAAGUCCAGCUCGCUGGACGCCAUCUCCCUGUCGGUGGCAAUUUCGAAUGAGCCCUCGCCCUCUCCCCCGCGUCCCCGUCGCAGCCUUAAGCAGCACCGCUGCCUCCACCAGCGUCAGCAAAUACCUUUAGCCAAGAAGCACUCGCUGGAUAAUUGCCUUCAAAUGGUGUCGGCGAUGCCCAGCCGGCAGCCUCUUCGUCGCUGGUCAAACCAAACUGCGUUGAAGUGUACCUGCCAACACGAUGCCGAGGAACUUUCGCUGACCGCCAAUGAGAAAUCCCGCUCGCUGCCAACCGCCUGCUCCGCUCCCUACUUUCAUACGUGUGCAAACUCAAGUUCAGUCGAUCAGAGCGCGACCACAACAAAGUCCUUCAAAAAAACAACGAUAGCCAAGAAAGGCAAAUCGCGUCGACUUUCAGAAUUUACGCGCGGUGAAUUUUUAAAUGAAAAAUCCAAAACCUCGCCCAGGAGAGAAUGAACUUUAAUGGCGGCA